GAUUUCGACCAAUGGCGACGCAGCUGGCGCUCCUCAGCCAGUCUCAGGUCUGUAUUCUAAUGGGCCAUAUCUUUAUCAGGGAAAUGUUGCUUCUCUGAACUUAAAACUUCUCAUGGAGGGUCCCCAGACUCAGAGGCAGAGGAGGGGUCUGACCUGAGGCGUGGGAGCUGCCUUUCUCAAGGCCUGGCAGGGAGAGAGGGAAGGGGCGCGGGUGAGGCCUCUCACCUGUCCAGGAGCACCUGACUUCCUAGCAGCUGACGUGGGUGCCAAUCCCUGGGCAGGGGCUGGGCAGAUGCCUUAGAUUGGAGGGCUGGCUGGGGCUCCGGGCCGCUUUUGACCCUCCAAACCUGCCAUGGGAUUCUGGGCCAGAGCACGGGGUCUCAGGGUGUAGGAGCCUGGAUUUGGGCUUCCUGCUUUCCCUCACCCUGACCUAGGGAACAUGGAGUCCAACCUGCAAGGGACGUUCCUGCUGAACAACACGCCGCUGGCUCAGUUCUCGGAGAUGAAGGCCCCCGUGUGCCAGUACUCCAUGCAGAACUCCUUCUACAAGCUCAGCCCCCCAGGGCUGGGCCCCCAGCUGGCCGCCGGGACCCCCCACGGCAUCACAGACAUCCUGAGCAGGCCUGUGGCCACACCAAACAACAGCCUGCUCUCCAGCUACCCCCAUGUGGCAGGUUUUGGUGGACUCGGCUCCCAGGGGGUCUACUAUGGCCCCCAGGUGGGGAAUUUUUCCAAGACUGGGAACGAGUACGUCACCCGGACCCGGAACUGCUGGGCAGACACAGGCCAAGACUGGCGAGGCGGGAGGCAGUGCAACAACACCCCAGACCCCCUGAGUGACAGCAUCCACAAGAAAAAGCACACCCGGCCCACCUUCACGGGGCACCAGAUCUUUGCCCUGGAGAAGACCUUUGAGCAGACCAAGUACUUGGCUGGCCCUGAGAGGGCAAGACUGGCGUACUCCCUGGGAAUGACCGAGUCACAGGUCAAGGUGUGGUUCCAGAACCGAAGGACCAAGUGGCGGAAGAAGAGUGCCCUGGAGCCCUCAUCCUCCACGCCUCGGGCCCCCGGCGGCGCGGGCUCGGGCGGGGACCGCGCGGCCUCGGAGAACGAGGACGACGAAUACAACAAGCCGCUGGACCCUGACUCGGACGACGAGAAGAUCCGGCUGCUGCUCCGCAAGCACCGCGCCGCCUUCUCGGUGCUCAGCCUGGGCGCGCACGGCGUCUGACACCCGCCCCGCCAGCCGCGGCCCGCCCGGUGGUCCGCGUCUCAGGACGGCCUGCCUUCAGCCCCCUUCCCUCCCCACGCUGCUAGGGAGGGACGGGGGCCAGAACGCAAACCU